AUGGUUUCGCCGCCGGGCCAGUCCAGCAAGCAGCCGUUGCCUGCAAGAGAACUUGGGAUAUUCAGAAGAAUUAUUGUCAGUUUUUCGGCGAAAUAAUUAUCGCGAUCUUUUGGAUUUUCAGAAAAGCUACGAGCAAAAGCAAUAUCGAGUCGGCUUGAGAUAUGCCAGACAAAUCCUCUCCAACAGCCAAUUUGCUGAUCAUGGAGGUUCGAUUUCUCUCGUUUUAAAUGAAGAGAUUGGAUUUUUCAGAAACUUUGUCUAUGAAAGGCCUUAUCCUGAACUGCAUGGGCAAGUCGGCCGAGGCGCAGGAUUGUGUGAAACGAGGCCUGAAGGCCGAUCUGACGUCCUACGUCUGUUGGCACGUCUACGGCCUCGUCCAACGUUCCGACAAGAAAUACGAUGAGGCGAUGAAAGUCUGUUCGGGAAGAUAAUUCCAUUUCGAAACUCGAAAUUCAGGCCUACAAACACGCCUUGAAUCUUGACAAGGAGAACUUGCAAAUUUUGCGCGAUUUGUCCUUGCUCCAAAUACAACUCCGUGACUAUGAGGGCUACAGGGUUUUUUUCAAUUUUAUCUAAAAAUGUUCAUUUAUUUGUUUUCAGGAUUCUCGUUAUCACUUGCUCCGCCUUCGGCCGACCCAACGCGUUUCUUGGGUCGGCUAUGCGACGGCCUACCAUUUACUGAACGAUUACGCGAUGGCGUUGAACAUCAUCAGCCAGUUCAUGAAGAACAACACGGUAAACUCGAUGGAUAACUCACGUUUUUUUUGUUUGAAUGGAAUUAAAAGUUGUUUGAAGGCGAAGCGAAAUGAUUUUUUUUUCAAAGUGUAGUAUUUUAUGAUGUUUGAUGGUGCGGUGCAGUUAAUUUCAUUUAUAACAGUUUGCUGGAAUUUUUGAGAAAAAAAUUUUUUUAUCGAAAUAGGUACACGCAAAAAAUAUUUUUUUGUUAUCCAAAACUUCCAGUAAACUUAGGGUCAGAUUUUUUCCGUUCAGAUUCAAAAUUUGCAAUAAAAUCUUACUAAUUUUUAUCUUCAGAUUAUAACUGACCUUUAGGUUUCAAUAAAUAUUUUUCAUCCCUCAUAUAGGUAUAAGAAUAAUCUGGCUCUUGUAUCAAAUAGGAUUCUUUUUUUCCAUCACUCAAGACAUUUUUUCAGGCGAAAAAGUCAAUAUUUAACGUCCUGUUCAAAGUAAAUUCUGCGAAAUACAAAAUCAUCUUUGUCUCUCCAAAAUUAUUAUUUUUUUCUACGAUGGUUGAUUUGAAUUUCGCGGUGUCAUUUUGAGCACGACGCCUUUUUUCACCAAUCAUUUGAAUAUUUUCCAGCCGGCCGCCUUUGACUUUGAACACUCGGAGCUAUUGCUCUACCAAAACUUUAUAAUCCGGGAGUCUGGUCAAUUGGACGUCGCCCUCCAAACGCUCGAGGAGAAUUCCAUUGCGAUUGUCGAUCGGGUCGCUUACAUGGAAACCCGAGGUUUUCCUUCACUCGGAGAUAUUUCUAAUGCAAGUAUUGUUCCAGGAAAUCUCCUCAUGCAGCUCGGCCAACUCGACAAGUCGGAACAAGUCUGGCGCUCUUUGAUUGACCGAAAUCCCGAGAACAACUUGUACUACGACAAGUUGGAGGAGUGCUUGGGCCUGCAAGGUAAUUUUUCAAGUUUUAGAAAAUGGUGGCUUUUUUAUAAAGUAUUUUGGGCUGAAAUAACGCUUUGAAGCAAAAGUUUGGCACUAAACUGAGCUUCCGAGAACUUUCCUGAAUUCAUUGAAAUCGAAAAACAAAAAUUUAAAAAAAUUUUUCUAAAGGAAAAAUUCUUCGAAUUUUUGUUUUGACCUUUUUCUUCUAAGAAAAAAAUUGCUCCCGAUUGAGUUAUUUUUUUACAAAAAAAUCUCCAUUAAAACCUUUGGAAAUUUAAUAAAAGUUUUACAAGCACUUUAUUGGAAAAAUAAUUGAAUUCUGACAAAAUUUGACUUUUUAGAGGGAUUUUUAAAAAUUAAAAAUUAAGCUUCUUUGAUGGCAUUUUUUUCGCCUUUUUUUCGAAGCUGUAAAGGUAAAUUUUGAUGAGAAAAAGAACUUCCAAUAAAAAAACGAGUAUGAAAAAAACUGUUAUAGGAAGUUCUGUUCAAGGAAAAACUCAUUUUAGAAUUUGAAGAGAAAAUUUGAGCAAUUUACCAUUUUUGGGUGAAUGGUUAACGAAUUUCUCAACUUUUUUUUUCAGAGAAAGGAAAUACCGAACGCCUAGCUUUAUACGACGAAUUGGGCCAAAAGUACAAAAAAGCCUCGGUCCCAAAAAGAGUCGCCCUGAACUUGGUGGAAGGCGAACAGUUCCGGGAAAGGCUUCUGGACUGGAUGACGCCUUUCUUGAGAAAAGGAGCCCCCAGCCUUUUCACCAGCUUGGUCCCUCUCUACGCGUUCCCUGAGAAGGUUAGGAAAGUUCAAAAAGAACGGAAAAAUAAUACUUUUUCAGGUCGCGAUCAUCGAAGGAUUGAUCAAUGAACUGGUGAAGAAGUUCGAAGACGAAGGCUAUAAUAAUGUCUCUUUGGAUGGUUUGUUGUGGAUUUUUAUACAUUAUGAACAAGGAAAGGUGAAAUAUUCAGUAUUACUAUUUUUUUAUUCUAUUGUCCCUUAUUAAGUUUAUUUUAUCAGUUUAUUAUUCUUGAUUAUUUUAAAAAGUUAGAGUUAGGCAAAACCAUGGUUUGGAUAGGAAAUUUUUUUCGUACUUUCUCUCCGAAAAUUAAAUUUUCUGUUCAAAUAAAAAAAGUCUUAUAACGUUUUCUUAAGAUAAAUUUUUUUCUCAUAACUCUAUAUACUUGCUAGAAUUUUUUUAAAAUCAUAUUUAAAUGAAUAAAUAGUAGUUUCAAUGCCACUUUUAACUUGAGGAUAUAUACUUUUAAACCCCAAAAUCAUGAUUUUUCCAGAUACUUUUACAGUUUUUUUUAACAGAAAUUAUGUUAAUUACUAUUUUUGGAAUAUUUUUUUAAAAUUUCCUGGAACUGACGAAUUAGUUAGGGCAAAUGUAUUCUCAUCUCAUAUUCAGAAACCAAAAGUUUAUUGUUUUAUAACUGCGAACUGGGUUUUUUUUUUCUCUAAAAACUGGUUUUCUAAACUACUUCUUCUAUUUUAAUUUUAUCAGUUUUUUUCUUGAUAAGUAGAGAGAUUGAAAGAAAAUGUCAACAAAAAACUUCAGUUUAUACUUUUAUUUUCCGUUUUUAGCUUCUGAAACGGAGCACGAGCCACCCACCACGGCCUUGUGGCUUUACCUUCUCGCCGCCCAGCACUACGACAGAGUUUCCAACACUUCUUUGGCACUCAGUUUUGUGGAUCGAGCCAUUCAACAUACGCCGACGCUCGUCGAAAACUUGAUGCUCAAAGCGAGGAUUUAUAAGGUUAGAAUUAUUUUGAAAAACGAUAUCACUCAAUAAAUCUGUUAUUCGAGUUGAGACGUUUCAAAAACUUGAAAUAGAGCUGUUUCGUCAUAAUUUGCGCAUUUUGCAAACUUUGGAGCUUCAUAAAUCGCAAAAGAUAAUUUUUUUUUUCUUUUUCUGAAGUGCUGAAAGGCGUUUCAGCCAAGUUUCAUCAAAAGUUCAACCCGAGGGCCAAAAAACGUUCCCUAAACGGUGUUCCAAAGUGUCCUAAAACGAGAAAAUAAGUCUUCUGAAAAAUAAUGUUUUUUUUUUAUAGCAUGCCGGAGAUUAUCUGGAAGCCGCGGACCUGAUGGACGAGGCUCAAAGUUUGGACACGGCCGACCGUUAUAUCAACGGAAAGUGUGCCAAAUAUCUCCUGAGGGCGCGGAAAAUCGAAGAAGCCACGAAAAUGUGCGCCAAGUUCACCAGGGUUCGACUAGUUCUCAUCCUAGAAAAUUUGAAUUUUUUCGAUUUCAGGAGGGAGAUGCUCCUGAAACUUUCCUGAACGAAAUGCAGUGCAUGUGGUAUGAAAUCGAGUGCGCCCGGGCAUAUCGAUCUCUGAACGACUAUGGAGAAGCGCUGAAGAAGGCUCAUCAGAUUGAGCAGGUUUUUAGGAGGGAGAAUACUUUUCAGUGAUGUUUCCAAGCUUUAUUCUGGUCUUAAGGUGAUCAAAAUUGGUUUAAAUUGUACACAGAUGUGGAAUUUCGAAAUAACCACUUAAAUAUUGAUUUCAAAUGGAUGAAGUUCAGAAAAAAAUCGAAUACUUUCAAUGGAAAAAUCAGAAGGAACUUUUUUAAAUCGAUAUUUAGCAGAUUUUGUCAAAAAAAGUUUUUUUCUCAUCGAUUUUUUUUCAACCUUUUUCGCCUUAAACCAAGUUUUCAUAAAAAAAUGUGAACUUUUGAAAUAUUUCGAUUUUUUUCGUGAGAGGAUAUAACUACAGAUUCAUUAGAAAAACUGUAUAGGAAAAAGUUCUUUUUUAUUUUAUAUUCUUCUUUUUUUUUCAUAGAAAAAUCCAGCAGACCCGAGAAUAGUAUUUGAUUGAUGACCUCAGAAAAAUUUAAUUUUUUUUUACCGAAUAUAGCCAUUUUUUGCAGCAUUUUUUCACAAUUGUCGAAGAUCAAUACGAUUUCCAUACGUAUUGCCUGCGGAAAACGACCCUGACGGCCUAUGUCUCGCUUCUGAGACUCGAAGACGUCAUCCGUCGUCACAAUUAUUUCUAUCAAGCUGCCAAAUUGGCGAUCAAGGUUUUUUUUCAUCUAUCAAAGCGAAUAUUGUACAGAAAAAGGUGAUUUAUGAAAUGAGAAAGAUUGAAUAGUUGUGAAAAAAAGUAUUAUUUUUUUCAUUUCAUUAUUUAAUCUUGCUCGUAGGAGAUGUUAAUUCAAAAAAAAAAAUUGAAUGCUUCAAAAAGUUUUAGAAACAGGAUGAUCAAGUAGCGAAAAAACUCGGAAAGAAAAAUAUGGCGUUUUACUAGGGGAGAACGUUGAAAAGUUUUUGAAAUAAUAGGAUUUUAUUUUAUUUUUUUCCGAUUGUCAAACCUUUUUUUAGUCUUUGUGGUACAAAUAAUGCGGAGAAAAAAAAAAUCAAAGUUUCUAAAAUUUCCGAAACAGGAUAAUCAAAUAACGAAAAUGUAUAACAUAAAUAAAGAGAAAUGGUUUUUUUAUUUUUUUAUUAUUUGAAGCUUUGCUGUAUUUACUGAACAUUUUUGGGUGAAAAUCAAAAAUCUAAAUAAUUUUUUGAAAUUUUGACGAUCAUACAAUAAAUAAACAGGUCACUUGUAAUCUUUUGAUUUGAAAAGCAAUUUUAGAAAAAAAAAUAGUUUACAGUGUGCCAGAGAUACUUGACAAAAACUUUGAAAUGAUAAAAAAAUUGAGCUUUUCGGGAGAGUUAAUCUGUUAGCAUAGUUUCUUCAGAAACAAAAUUGGAUUUUUUUCUUUUUUUAUUCCAAACAUUGUGAAAUUUUUCAUAGUUUUGCCGCGAAUUAAAUUUACAUCCUCAGAUUUAUAUGCGCAUGAUUGAUCGUCCAAACGAUAUGAUCAUGCAAAAUGGCAUCAACAGCGAAGGUUUGACGAGCAACGAGCUGAAAAAGCUGAAGAAGAAGCUCAAAAAACAACAGCUGCAGAAACAGGAGGAAGAGGAGAAGAAGAAAGAAGUUUGCAUUUAUUUCAGAACGAAAAAAAAGAUUAUUUCUCUUAGAAAGAGAAGGAUGACUACCGAGGCCCGCAGAUAGACGCCAAGGAACUUCUGAAGACGGAGAAGCCUUUGGAAGAAGCCGCGAAGUUCGCCCAUCACCUGCACAUGCUCGGAUCGCCCCACGCCACCGCCUAUGCCCUCGCCGCCGAUGUUUAUUUGAGAAAGGUUCUUUCAAUCAUAGGAAAGAAGUGAAUUAUCUCAUGUUUCUUCUAGAAAAAGACCUUACUCGUGUUGAAAUGUCUGAACGAAGGCAACAAGAUCGACCCCAACAGCCCUCUAUUACAUGUCCAGAAAGUCAAGUUCCUGAAAUAUUGUGGGUUUUGAACGAGUUCACAGGAUUUUUAGCCCCUUUCUUCUUUUUUUUUUUGGCUCCGAAACUUCUCAUUCAAGUUUUAGGCUCCUUUUCAGUGGAAAAAAGGAUAAUUACAAGUUUUUAAGAUUUCUAAAAAGGCUAAGGAAUAUUCCAAGUGGUAUACUUGUUUGAAGAGGUUUCUUCAAUUUUUUUCUAGAAUAAAAAAAGAACUGGGAAACUGUCUCUACUGCAAUUUUCUUUUGAGGGCAUAAAAUUUGAAUUAAAAAAGCGUUAAAUUUGAGAAUAACUUGAGAGUUUGUAUUUCGAAAACGCGACUGAAUCAACUAUUAUCGUAGUAGAAAAAAAAAACAGAGAAAAAUAAAAGUUUUUAGCCACUUUUCUUGUGAUUUCUAUAAUUAUUUCAGACGAAACUGUUCAACUCACUGGUAUUCCCGCCGACUUGGCCAAGGAAGUUUUCGAAAACUUGUUCAAGGGAGUCAAUGAUCCCGUGAAGCUGAACGAGGAGUUCAAGAGCAACAAUCAGCAAAGUUUGAUACAUCGGCUGGCAGGUAAAACGGAAACAGAAUAGAAAAAAAUAUUUGUCGAUAUUUUGAUAGCAAAGUUUCCGAAAUUUCAAUUGAAAAAAUUGCAGUUGCCGAGGUGAACUUGUUCCUGGACCCUUCGUCCGGUCCUGCCACCAAAAACUGGCUUCUGAAGUCCUUUGAGGACGACAAACUCAAGGGAAGAACACUCAAGAAUUUCAUCAAGUUCCGCGACGCCAUUUCCUAUGGAAAGAUUGGCAGCUGGACCAAGGAGGAGGUAUAGAAUCUGUUAUAAUUUUGACUGAGAAAAAAUAACAAAAAAAUUAGAAAAAUGAUCUGAACUGAUGAAUAUUUUCUCGCGAAUUUCUCGAAAAAUAUAACUUUUCAAGUGAGAAAAAUAUUUUAGAAGCAUUUUGAGAACCACUAAAGCUAGUAGAUUAGAUGUCAAAAAAAAAUUGAAUUUUCUAAUCUUGGCUUGAUCUAUGGCAUAAAAGAAAAACGCUUAAUAGAAUUGCUUCAAAAUAAAAGUAUUUUUUUAAAAAGUCAGGUAUUUUUCAGAGUUAUCCAACGAACAAUAAAAUUUUAUUUUUUAGAAAUUUCGCUUUUUUUUUUAAAUAUUUUAGGCUCCAUAUGUAUACUCCCAGUUCAUUCAGUGUUGUCUUGGGGCGAUUUAAUAUGGGUCUUGACACGAAUAGCGAAAAAGUGUGCGAAAAGAAGUCCUUCAGACUAUUUUUUAGAAUUUUUUUUAUGUUUUACAAACGCUAAAUGGUGUAACUAGUUCGCACUGCUCCACUUUUAACUUUUUUGAAAAUUGGCGCUCUUUUUAGUGCUAAUUAAGUAUAUAUGUAACGUUGAAUUAUUUUUUCACAUGGCUUAUGAUUCUAAAGAACUUUUUUCAAAAAAGCAACAUUUUUUCGAAACGGUUGCUCAGGUGGAAGUGCUGACGCGUGUGGCUCACGGCCUUUUCCCGCUCUCCCGAGAAUUCGGAGGCGGCGUCCAAAAACCUUCUUCCUCUUCCGGAUAA